UAAACCCAAAAGAAGCAGAAGCAGCAGACAAACAGGCGUAGAAGGCGUAUUUUCCUGUAGUUUCUCUGGCGUUUGAGCUGAAGAGCAGAGCUGAUAAUGCCUGGACUUCUGCUUGGAGACGAGUUCCCAAAUUUCGAGGCCGACACCACCAUCGGCAGGAUCAAGUUCCACGACUUCCUGGGAAACUCGUGGGGUAUCCUGUUCUCCCACCCGAGGGACUUCACGCCUGUCUGCACUACUGAGCUAGCCUGUGCUGCCACGAUCAGCGAUGAGUUCAAGAAGCGAGGUGUAAAGAUGAUUGCCUUGUCCAUUGACAGUGUAGCUGAUCACCACAGCUGGAGCAAGGAUGUGAUGGCUGUCAGCAAAAAGGCUGAGAGCGACCUGCCCUUCCCCAUCAUCGCCGAUGACAAGAGGGAGCUGUCAGUCCAGCUGGGUAUGCUGGACCCUGAUGAGAAAGACAAAGAUGGACUACCCCUGACUGCUCGCUGUGUAUUUGUGAUCGGCCCUGACAAGAAGCUGAAGCUGUCCAUCCUAUACCCUGCUACCACAGGAAGAAACUUUGAUGAGCUGCUCAGAGUUAUAGACUCUCUGCAGCUGACUGCACAGAAGAAGGUUGCCACGCCGGUUGACUGGAAGCCUGGUGACAAAGUCAUGGUCAUUCCCUCGCUCUCUGACGCUGAAGCUGCAUCUCUGUUUCCUAAUGGGGUGACAACCGAAGAAGUGCCUUCUGGGAAGAAAUACCUGCGCUACACCCAAAUUUGAACACACGCUGCUCUUUGAUUUGGAAAUCUUUGGUUAAUAAUUCACAUGAAUCAGUCCACUUACCCAGAUUGAUGACUUGUUUUUAGUCAUGCAACAGUUCCAGUGCUGAAGCCAGACUUGCCUUGUUUACCCCCAAAUAAACAAACAUUUUACAUGCUUUCUUUGCUUCUGAGCCUUUCCCACAGUGUUUAACUGUUUGGUAACAAAAUGCAUUUUGUAACAAGUUACUCUUCUGUGAUUCAGGUUGCACAAGGACACCACUAGGUGUCCUUGUGCAACCUGAACUGGAAAUAAUUACUACGCCUCUUUUGCUGCAGUGGUGCUUCCUGUCAGUAGGUGGCACUACAUGGUAAAUGGUAUCCUCUCAGCUUUUGGAGAACGUGCCAACCUGUUCUCAACAACUGCAGUGAUAGGGAGUGGUACCACAUGUAUAGAAAUGACUAUUUAUAUUUCCACACAUUAAAAAGAUGAGAGAACACAUCAAUAGUAAAGGUGAUCUCUACUUUCA